AUGUUUGAAGCCAAGACCCUGAGCUCCUCUUGCCUCGUGCUUUCCUUGCUCUCUUUGCACUGGGCUUCAGUCCAGCUGAGCCAAGCUUUUCCCAGCACCUCUGACUACCUCCAGCGGGGCUGGCAGCGGCUGCUGGAAGAAGGGGAGGGCUGCGCUGAGUGCCAGCCAGAGGAGUGCCCAGUGCCACGGGGGUGCCUGGCUGGCAUGGUACGGGAUGCUUGCGACUGCUGCUGGGAGUGUGCCAACCUGGAGGGACAGAUCUGUGAUCUGGACAACACCAACCACUUCUAUGGCAAAUGUGGGGAGCACCUGGAGUGCCGGCUGGAUGCUGGGGACCUGCAGCAUGGAGAGGUGCCUGAGCCCCAGUGUGCCUGCCUCUCACAUCUGGCACUCUGUGGCUCCGAUGGCAAAACCUAUGCCCAGAUCUGCAGAUUCCUGGAAGUUGCCCGUGCCCACCCUGAUGCCAACCUAACUGUGGCCCAUGAGGGUCCCUGCGAGUCAGAGCCCCAGAUCACCUCUCCUCCCUAUGACACAUGGAACAUCACUGGGCAGGAUGUCAUCUUUGGCUGCGAGGUCUUCGCGUACCCCAUGGCAUCCAUUGAAUGGAGGAAGGAUGGCAUGGAGAUGCUGCUGCCUGGAGAUGAUCCCCACAUCUCUGUCCAGUUCAGAGGUGGUCCCCAGAAAUAUGAAGUGACAGGCUGGCUCCAGAUCCAGGGGGUGCGAGUGACGGAUGAAGGCACCUACCGCUGCUUCGCCAGGAACAGGGUUGGGGAGGUGAUGGCAUUAGCCAGCCUGACUGUCUUCACACCAGAUCAGCUCAACCUGACAGACUUUUCCCUACCGAAGCCCCGGACGACGCCUGAGGACUACGGGGAGAGCGAGGAGGACUAUUACUAG